AUGCAUGAUGUUGAGAAGGAAGAUUUGAAGUUUAAAUCUUAUAUGAGGAAUGUACAUUUUGAAUUGAAUCGGAAUUUGAUUUCAAGGAUAUUGAAGGUUCCCUCACCCUUUAUUGUUGAAAAUAUUGUGACAUACCCAUACAAGAAUCCCAAUGAUCAACCUACCAUCGAGGAUGUUGCAACAGAACUUUAUGCGUUUGAUGUUGAAGGUAAGCAAAAAAGUCUCCCAUUCCCGAUCUUAAUUUCAAAGAUCAUGAUGCAUUAUGGAGCUGUCAUUCACCCAUCCAACACUUAUAAGUCCCCUUUGAGUCCAUUUGGUGAAUGCACAUUAAAAAAGAGUUUGGGGCAAACUGAUGCAUAUGAUCUAGAUGAUUAUGAUAUUGGGGCAAGUACUUCAGGGGAUAUUGUACAAAUGCUUAAACAAAUUUUGGCAAACCAAGAGGAGUUGCAGCAAGAAAUGAAGGAGUCUCUCAAACAGCUCCGUGUUGACACCAAUGAGUCUCUCAGGCAGCUCCGGGAAGACACCANUAACACCAAUGAGUUUCUCAGGCAGCUCCGGGAAGACACCAAAGAGUCUCUGAAACAGUUGAAGAAUAAAUUGUUAACUCAAAACAAAAAUGAGUAG